AUGGUACGACUAUACUUCAACUCGAUUUCCGGCUCGUGCGACUUCCCCAAGUACGUGACCUGCCUGUCCAGCAUCCGAAAGGGGGAGGAUAAGACAAUGACGUCCCGUCUCAUCCAGCCCACCACCACCCCCUACAAGGGCCCGCCACCGGACGAAGAGGGGGAUCAUCCGAGCAGGAAGGGUUACGUCUUGCCUUCGAACGAGGAUCUCUUCGUAACCCCCGAGGGGAAGCCCACCGACCUUAAGCAACUCCUAUUCCUCAUCAAUGACCUUGUUGGUGCGGUGAAGGAUAUUCUACUCAGGGAAAAGGAACGCUCUGCUCACGAGGAAGUCAAACUCCAGCGACAACCCCAGUUCGUGGCACGGUCUCGGACGAGCACAGAGACGAGAGUGGAACCCCAAGAGACAGAAGAUCCUUCUUCCUCCCCUUUCGGAGGGGGACGGGGAUCUCAAUUCUUCGUCGUCGAUCGGCGAUGGGAGGGAAGUGGAGGAGGAGGAGAAGAAGGAGGGCGGUACUUGAUUGAAGGGAUUUCGAAAAUAAAGGAACCGAGGAAACAGUACAACCUGGAAUAUGCGACAAUGGACAGGAGGAAACCACCACAAUCCACCGCACCCCUGGCCAUAGAAGAAGAGGAAGAAGGAACAGCCCCCGUCGAUGUGGACCAGGAACCACUCUUUCCUCAAAGGAUUCCAUGUAUCAUUCGAAGACCAAAGGAUUUCGUUCGUCCGGAUGAGCUGGAGGAAACGGACGUUGAGGAACCACGAGACACGGUUCCUGAGGUAAGAGACAGGGUCCGGAAUACGACGAUUAGCACGACAUCGACGACGACGACAACGACGACAACGACGACGACGACGACGACGACGACGACGACGACGACGACAACGGCAGAGGCACCCCCGGAAGAUGAGAAGCCCCAAGAUCCGCAUCCGUCCCCCUGGGUCCGCCAGCCUUUUACGCGAAGGCCCAAUUCGCCAGACCGCUUCUUCCAACGAAGCCGUCCCCAGCCUCAGAGGGGACAGCAACAAGUGGAAGAGGAACAGCCGCUGGAGGAAGUAAGCCGACCCCUAGAGGAAGAGAGACAGCCCCAAGAGGAAGAGGAACCAGAGGUAUCGUUGAUGGUGUCGGUGAAGGAAACCGUGCGCACCGAGGACGGCCAGGAGAUUUUCUCGAGCCGAGCAAGUGCUAGAUAUUUCAUCGACGACCGAAGCUGCAUUGGAGCCUACCAGAAGAGUACCGGUCAGAGGAUCCUUUCAGACGAGAACCCGACGUCCGUUCGUUCCGGUGAGGAAUCAAACUCCGGUGAAAAGGCGAAAAAGGAGAUCGUAGCACCGUCGCCGUCGUCUACGACGGAAGAAUCCUCUCCGGAGGAAUCCCCUCCGACUUCGACGACCUCCGUUCGGGUCUUGUUGCGCCCCGGUGUCAGAACCCGAAGACCGUUUCCCCCUUCGUUGAGAACGAGGUCGACGACGACGGCUACGCCGAACGAAGAAGAAUCCCCUCCGUCGUCCCCGAGAAGACGCACCCUGUUCCAGAACCGAUUCCAGUAUCGGUCGAGAUCGACCGAGGCUCCUCCAUCCACCACUGAAUUCUUCCACCCGAUAGAAGAGGUGAAGACUUCCAUGGCGUUCCACGUGGAGACAGAGACGGAGGUCCAAGCGAAGACGAGCGAGAAGACGGCUGGCGUCGCCAAACGCAGACGAGAGGAGCGACUGACCGCUCCCGUCGUCGUUCCGCUCGUCGGGGAGUUGUCCGAGAUCGAGAUCGCCGAGCCCAGUCGUCAUCAACCGGAGAGAGAGGAAUCUUCGACCCAGAAGGAAAAUUCUCUUCGCGAAGAGGAAGACGUCGUCGUGGAAGCAGGGAUCCCGACGGAAGGGAUGGAUCUACACGUGUCCGUCUCAUCUCGCCUUCGACCCCAUCGGCGGAAUGUGCAAUUGGAACGAUGCCACCUUCUGCGGCGGGGCCGCGUGAGGGGUCGACACCGAAGUCUCGGCAACUUGUGA